AGUGCUUGUAAUCGGGAACCUUGAUCUCAACAACAAAUACGCCUCGACUGAGAUUUGCGAGUGUGUCUGGUUUUCGUGACAUGAGAACCUGCCUCAUACAACUUUCUUUUCAGAUAUCCUGACGGUUCUGAUCGCCCAGUCUAAUUGCGCGUACUUGUGCCAACGUGUACUGGAUAGGACCUAGGAAGGUAUUUUUUGCAAGCAAAGUUCUUGCUAGAUAUCUUGUCUAGAUUGACUUCAAUUCUCUAAGAGGAAUCUAUCUUGACCCUACCGGCCGUGUACGACUUUGACCGAGCCCAAACUGUAUCCCGCGGCCAUGGCCGCCAAUAUGCCACAAAUGGGUGGCGGCGGUGUACGGCAGCGACCGCCCCACCAGCAGUUGUCGCAUCUCGUUUAUACGCAGAUUAUGGGACAAGGCAUUCAGACUGGUGGCUGGCAAGAUCAAGUACAGGUCAACCUACGGGUUAGUAACGCGAUGAAUUUGAUCUCUAACUCGUUUCUUGCCAUGCCUACUCUUGAUUCGCAGCAGCUCGUAAGCCAUGGCUUGGCCUUUGAACGAGAUGCCUUUCUGAACUCGCCAGAUAAGGGGACUUACGAUCAGAAGAUUGGUGGUCGUGUUCAAGAGCUCUUCAAACGGCGGCAAGCACAUGAGCAGAGCCUCCAAAGCACCCUGAAUGCCCAGGCCGCUGCUCAAGCCCAUGCUCAAGCCCAUGCUCAAGCCCAUGCUCAAGCCCAGACGCAGCAGAUGCUAAUAAACCAGAACAUGAUGCCCAGGGGUAUGGGACAACCACCACAGCAGGGCUUCCAGCAUCUCCAGCAACAGAUGCAACCAUCGCCGAUUCCCCAGCAGCCUCAUCAACCGGGAAUGGGUAUGGGGGGCCAGGGUGGCCUCCCCAUGAAUCCAAAUCAGCCGCAGAUGCAGAUGGGUGUAGCACAGAUGCGUUCUCAGCUACCGAUGAAUGCCACCUUGGCAAGUCUACCGCCUCAAGAUAGGACGAAAAUUAUGCAAUUGGCUCUGGCGAAAUUGAACCAAACUUCGGAACAACAGCGGAAUGCGCUGCGUAGUAUGUUACAACAGCGACUCACCCCCCAGCAGAUGGCGCAGUUGCAGGCAGAUAAUCAGGACCCACUUCUAUUCCAUUUACAGACUCAGAUGUUACAGGCGUUUAAGGGACAGGGAGGUGGUAAUGGUGGCAAUCAAGCCGCAUUACAGAUGCAAGCCCAGCAGCGACAGAUGAACCAGUCUGGGCAACAGUUGGUCGGGGUUCCCAAUAGCGAGUUUGGUCCAUUUUCGAACGUCGAGAGCAUCAUGAACCAGCAGAAGGCAGGACUACUCGCUCAGGAAGCAGGACAGAUGGUGGUGCCUGCAAGUAAUGGACCCGGCCGGAAUGCCACACCUCAACCUAUGGGCGGAAUGCAAGGCCCUAAUCCUGGUAACCAUCCUGGACCUAACCAGUCCGGUAUCCCUAAUCAAAUGCCACAACAGUUCAACCUGCCACAAGCUCAACAGUUAAAGAUGGACCAAAGGGCAGCCCAGUCGCAGGCGCAGAUUAGAGCGCAGGCGCAGGCUAAACAAAUGCAGGGCCAGCCCGGUGGAUUAAACGGUGGCGCCAUCUCUCAAAGCCCUGGCAUGAACACUCUGAACACACCAGUUCGCCGGACUCCAGUCAUGGGCCAGCCGGAAGGGCAGCAGCAAAUGGGUCAACCCAACGGGCCUUUCGGGCAAGGACUAGACCCGCGUUUCAAUCAAGGAAAUCAGCGGCCGCAGAUGGGUGGAAACCCAAUGAACAAUCAGCACAUUCUCAACAGCGUCCUUGCCCAGAUGGCACCCGACCAGCGUAAUACAUUUAUGAGCUUGCCACCGGAGAAGAGAAAUGAGAUGUUAAUGAAAUGGUCUGCUAAUCCAGCUGCGAGGGCGGGCAUGGGCCAGGCACCUGGACGCAGUCAGCCUCAGCCAGGCCAGUUCGGACAGGGCAACCCUAUGGCUCAAUUUAACCCAGGAAAUAAUAUGGGCCAAACACCCAAUCCUGGCAUGCCGAUGAAUCCUCAGAACCAAAUGCUGCUUCAACAGCAGAUGAACAGGAUGAGGAACAUGCAGCCCCAAGGUCGACCUCAAAUGCCCCAGGACGUCAAUAAUUAUAUGGAUGGAAUGGAUGUACCAGGAAGAAUACUGGACCAGCUGAAAACAAACCAGCCAGUACCACAGGAGAUCAAGAAGUGGACUCACCUCAAGCAGUGGCUUGCCCAGAAGAAUGCCAGUCCCCAUGUCAUGCAGCAGCUAUUGGGUUUCCAGACUGCACAGUUCCAGAGCAUGAUGAAGCAAAGGGCGGCAAAUAAUCAGAUGGCCCAACCUAAUAUGCCGCAGCAGGGACCGCAAAUCCCAAAUGCGCAAAUGCCUAUGCAGCCAGGUGUUAACAUGGGCCCAUUUGCGGGUAUUACGAUUAGUCCCGCCGACUUUCAACAGGCUAAAAAUCACGAGAGGUUCAAGGGCUGGCCAGAUGAGAAGAUCAAGACGGCUCUCAUGCAAAUGAAGCUAACUCAAAUGAGAGCUAAAGCAAACGGACAGGCACCCAAUGCACAAAUGCAGACACCCCAGACCUCUCAACCACCUAACAACAACCUUGCCAUAUCAGCCCCGCCGCCAAAUCCUUCAAGCACCCUCCAGCAAAGACCGCAAAAUGCGGGACCUGAUGCUAAUUCUACAGGCCCUGCGGCGCCUGUAAGGAAUAGGCAACUUCAAAACAAUCGUCCGCCGCCUUCGACCUCGACCGCCCCUCAGAAGAAUAGUCUAAAGCGUGCGAGCACGGAUGAUGUAGUCGAAGUGCCGAACCCGUCGGGCACUCCAGUCCAGCGUCCAGCGUCCCAACAGGCUCAGGCCACCGGGCCUCUACCACAAUUCCAUCUUCCACCGGCUCAACUUGCCGCUCUUCCGCCUGAGCAGAGGAAUAAGUACGAAGCCAUGAUGAAAUCUCGACAGGCGGCGGCGGCUGGAGGUGUUGGUGUACAGCAGCCGCAAAUAUCUGAGGCAAUGCAGCAUCUGAGAUCUAUUAAUAAAGAGGAGCAAAUGAAUGCGGCCAGAGAGCCGUACCAGGAAAUCCCAAUGAACCCGGAACAAUAUCAAGAUAUGGCUCAGAAGAUCCAGUAUAUGGUCAGCGAAAUGGGCAAGUUCAGCAAAGCAUUAGCAAUGUGGUACACUCUAACACGAGACGAUAACCGCGCUAGAAUGUUCUUCAGAAUGCGAUUUCGCCUGGGUAAACAAUUCGCAGAUGGCGAGAUGACAACUCUCAAGAAGGCAUUCUCCUUGAAACCGAAUGAGCUGGAUAGCGUACGAGCGAUGAUGGAGGGCAUGGGUAGGGACGUGACCAACCAGUAUCCGCAAGUUAUGAAGAGAAAUGCUACCCAACAGCAACAUGCCCCAGAACCAGGACCUCAGCAGGGGGGUAGCGAAAACACCGCAACACCACCGAUGGGAGCGCCGACGCCGUUAAACGCUGCUAACCUCGAGAAGCAAAAUGCAUUGAACAAAAUACACCAAAGAACCACCAGCAAGAAUGGACAACCACCGGCUGCGCCAACUACCUCUCAACCUCCGUUCCCCUUUGGCGCCCAGUCACCCAACGGUCAGCCUACAUAUAUUGGGAAACCUGCUGUUACCCAAGCUGAUCUCCAACUACCCGCUCGCAAGAGACCCAAAACCAAUGGCCAGCCAGGUCUUAGUUCGGGCGGCGUGAGCGCGAGUCCAUCUCCCCAAGUUCAAAAGGCAUCGUCCCCAGAAUUACUCAAGCGACAGACGCCGGCAGAACACACAACGCCAAAAUUAGCAUACCAGUGUCCCGAGCUAAGCUGCGAGGCACACAGUACCGGCUUUGCUACCGAAGAGGCUCGACGAAACCAUAUCGAGGAGGAGCACGUGAAGCCCUCGCAGAACCCGUUCAAGUUCGUGACCGAGAGCCUUGCUACCAGGCUCGGAUUAGAUCCGGACGGCCACCCGAAGGCGCCACCGAACGCCUCGACAACGGCCCCUCCGAUGGCACUCGAUCCCUCGAAACAGGGUCAAACGCCGGCGAGCCGAGCCGAUGCGACGCCAAUGUCUCGCGAACCCUCGAUGAAGAGGCAAGGUAGUGCCGCGGGCGCCAAACCCACGGACCUAGUUAAAGCGAUGGCUGGAAAGACUAGCACACCAAAGGCCGACGUCGGAACUCAGAGUGGAGAUGGUACUAUAGCGCCUGCGAAGACGUCUGGCGCAGAUGGAGCCUGGCCGAUGACAACUAUAGACCCACAAGAUCUGCUCCAGAACCUUGGGGGUAUCGAAAGUGGCGGCGGAGGUGCUAUUUUCGACAUGAACGUGUACCGGGCAAUAACACCAAACGACACACCAGAGUCGAGCAAAGACAGCGCAGGUUCAGAACCGAACAGCGACGUUUCGGAAGGUGUGUCGCUUAAUCUGCAGUUGAACAUGGGGCCCGACCCGAACAUGGGGUUCGACAAAUGGCAGCCAUUCGGAAUCGGGCAGAAUGACUUGGACUCUGCCGACAUGAACAUGAGCGGUAUGGACCUGGGUAUUACGGAUGAAAAUACGAUGCCGCUGUUUUCGUGGGAUGACGUGAACCCCGACUUUGUGAAGGAGUUUACACUAGACGAGAGUUUCUACUCCCUCGAGACGACAUGAAGGAGCGGUGGACUAGAGUUCUUUAAUAGUUUUUUUUUUUUUUUUUUUUUUUUUUUUUACCCCCACAAUGAAUAAUGAGGCAUUGGUAAAGACUGGCAAGUCUAUACGAGUUCGGCCAGGUAAGGAAGGGCUUGGCCGGGGCGUUCGGGGAG